AUGCAUCUGCAGGACCUGAAAACGGGUGCUUGGGAUCACUUCUUUGGUCAGACACGGGAGCUCUGUUCAAAUCAUCUUGGCGGCAAUGCAGGAAGAGAGUUUUUCGCUUUGCUUACCAGCCAGCUUAUGCAAAGGAUGCUGAAAUCGGGCAGUAGUGCCAAGCUUGUGAAAGACCCCAAGGAGAUGGAUUUUCUGUGUGGGUUCGUGAAAGCUAUGAGGGCUUUGCUCCAAGAUUGCCCCACUGCACUGGGUGAUGAUGACUCCCUCACGGUGUCAACCAAUGUGGGCCACAUUCUUGAUUUCAGUUCCACACCACAAGAUGUCAUGAGUGCAAACAAUGACUUGGGAAAGUCGGAGCACUGGCUAGCCAAAGCAUUCUGCUUGGACAAGGGCAAGAAAUUGAUGGCUUUGGCGGUUGAAAAUGCCGACAAGCGUAGCAGCCAAAGCAACAUUUUGGAAUCCAUCAAGAACCAGAUUACAAGUCUGGAGGAGCAAGCAUAUCUGAACGCUGAGGAAUACUUCAUGGCGACGUACACUAUGGAUGCCAAAUAUGGAUCCAUGCUGAAAGACGCCUAUGACGUUGUCAAAGAUCCUGCAACAAAGAGCCUGAAAGGUGCAGACCGUGAUUCUCUCAAAAAGUUGCAGAGACUGGUUGAUGAUGCAGUCUACAUUGCAGUUAUGACCUUUUUGAAGAAGGAGUGCAAUUCCUUCAUUGAGGACUUCGGCAAGGCCAUUGGCAAGAGACAGCCUUUUGAGCGAGAGCUUCUUGGACCAGACUCAUGCCUGUUGUGUUUGGGAGAUGUCGGCACGACUGGCAAGUUUGCCAAGCAGGUGUCGGACCAUUUCAAGAUUGGCCUUACCUUCGUUUCUCGAGUGAAUGAGGCUUUGGAAGGAAAGCUUGAUCCCAAGGAAGCACAGCAGUGUGUUGAGGAGUGGGAGACGUGGUCUGAGGAAGUGAAAGAGUUGCUCUGUGGCCAAGUGAAUUCCUCUGCCAUUGAUGCGGCUAGCAGUUGUCUCAAGUUCGUUGCAGACAACAUCUUGGCUGAUCCUGACGUUGAACUACCGGAGAAGAAAGUCACGCAGUUUUGUCAGGAUGUGGAAAAAUCAGCUCGCAUGUCAAGCGUCAUGGACCAGGAGGAAGGAGAGUCUAUCAGGGAAGGUCUGAACAUCUUGGAGAAGCUUGUCAGGUCGGUCGCUGUGUUGAAAAGUGAGGCAGUCAAUGCCAAAGGGGAAAAGGAUGAAAAUGGGGAGAUUACAUCUAAACAGCUUGAAGAUCUUGGUGCCUACUACCAGAUUCUAGAGAACAGCAAGCCUGGUGAAAUGAAGGUCGCUUUGGAGGCCCUAAGUGGUAUCAUUUCAGGUUCCAGUUCCGACAAGUCAGACAAGGACAAGGACAAGCCUCCUCACAUCAAAGAGUUUGACUCGGUGAUUGGUGAUUUCCUGGUUUGUCAUGAUGAGAGUGUUCAGGAGCAGGUUGGUCUUCUUCGGACCUCAUUCACUGAGGAAGUGAAAGCCAUUGAAAUCCCAGAGACUUUGGAGCUUCUGCCGGCCUUGGUGGAGCCUUGUACACUGAGCCAUUUCUUUGAGGAUGCAACGAUCACUUUGAUCAAAGACUCUUUUGGCAAAGAUGCAAGCACGCCUGUCAUUGAGGCUGCUGUGGCUUUGGAAGAAGCCAUCCGGAACAUUCAGCGUGGGGCGACUGGCCUAAAGAUGAAGCCUGAAGUGUUCUUCCCUGAGUAUCCACACGUGGAAUCGACUUGGAAGAAAUGCUUGCUCUGGAUGACAACUGGCAACAUUCUGGGAACCCUGUGCUCAAAGUCCGUUCGGAAAUCGAUUCAAGCAAAGUCGAAGAUCACAGAUGCAGUCUCUAACAAUAUCAAGGGUGCAUUGGAAGUGGUGGAUGAUCACAAGCUGGAGGUGCCUGGUCACAUCUUGAACAUUGCCAAGGCCCUUUUGGCUGGAGAGCGCUCAGAUGUCUUGAAGUAG